AACUAAGCUUUAGAAUAGGGUAAUAAUGUCAAAGCAUAUGGAAUUUAACUACCAAGCAAACUGGUUCGUGCAUUUUCAGUACAUAUUUAAUUUUUCAUAAUGGCUUUUGAUCUGGGACUGCUCUGUGCACUGGUCUGUAUUGCCCUGUUUCCAACCAAACCGUAUCGAGUGUCUCUUUCAAAGGGGUAUUGUGUUGGUUAGUAGCUGCUCACCUCUAGCCAAUCCUUAGCCCCCUCUCCUUAUGGUCACAUGUUUGCCUCAAUCACAGUCAGGAGAAUGACUAAACAUUGAAGGUCCCACCCACUUUUGUUAGUUUUUAAACAGAUAAGUUUGGAAAUGGAUUAUAACUCGGAAUAUCUUUUGGAAAACUGAUUGCUUCACAGAGUAAUUUAUUCAGUCUGGCCGCUUAUAGUUAAGACUGAAUUCUUUGGAUGAUGGAUGAGGAGAAGAAAAAGACGGCCACUCACAAUGGGAGCAUCAAAGGGGUUGGUGAAACAAAUAUGCAAGAUCAGCCAAAAGCAGCAGCUCUGCAAAAGAAUGUGGGUCUGUUAAGUAGUAUUUGUCUAAUAGUGGGAACAAUGAUCGGCUCAGGGAUCUUCAUUUCUCCUAAAUCGGUUCUUGAGGGAACUGGUGCAGUGGGUCCAAGUCUGUGUGUGUGGGCUGCAUGUGGUGUGCUGGCUACUCUGGGGGCCCUCUGCUACGCUGAGCUCGGCACAAUGAUCACUAAGUCCGGUGGUGAAUAUCCGUAUCUGAUGGAGGGUUUUGGGCCAGUGCUGGCAUAUCUGUACUCCUGGACCACAGUUAUUGUGUUAAAGCCUUCAUCUUUUGCCAUCAUUGCUUUAAGUUGUGCAGAGUACGCCUCCACACCAUUUUACCCAGGAUGCACCCCUCCUCAAGUCAUCACCAAAUGCCUGGCUGCUGCGUGUAUCUUAAUAAUAACUGUGGUGAACUGUCUGAGUGUGAAGCUGGCGUUCAGAGUGCAGAACUUUUUCACAGCAGCUAAACUCUUGAUUAUUGUCGUCAUUGUGGUGUCAGGGAUUGUUCUGCUGGCUCAAGGAAAUACACAGAAUUUCAAAGAUUCAUUUACAGGGGCAUCAACAUCAUUUGGAGCAAUUGGUCUGGCUUUUUACAAUGGUCUUUGGGCUUAUGAUGGAUGGAAUCAGCUCAACUUCAUUACAGAGGAGCUAAAGAAUCCAUACAGGAAUCUUCCAUUGGCAAUCAUUAUUGGAAUUCCCUUGGUUACUGUGUGCUAUAUACUUGUCAACAUUGCAUAUUUCAGUGUCAUGACCCCUGUUGAACUUCUACAGUCUCCUGCUGUUGCUGUGACUUUUGGUGACAGAGUGCUGUAUCCAUUAUCAUGGGUUGUGCCUUUAUUUGUGGUCUUCUCCACUUUUGGUGCAGCCAACGGGAGCUGUUUUACCGCAGGCAGGUUAACGUACGUGGCCGGACGGGAGGGUCACAUGGUUAGGAUCUUGUCGUACAUCAGUGUGAAACGUUACACACCAGCGCCAGCUCUCAUUUUUAAUGGCAUCGUGUCAAUCAUCUACACCAUCCCAGCAGACAUAAACACCCUCAUUAAUUAUUUCAGUUUUGCUCAGUGGGUUUUCUAUGGCCUCACAUGUGCAGCGCUCAUUGUUAUGAGAUUCACUAGAAAGGAACUUUACAGACCUGUGAAGAUUCCUAUAAUAAUUCCAGUAGUGGUAGUGAUUGUGUCCUGUUAUCUGGUUCUCGCUCCCAUCAUUGACAAGCCUGAAAUUGAGUACCUUUACUGCACAUUGUUUAUAGUGGGUGGUCUUCUUUUGUAUGUACCCCUCAUUCACUUCAAAUUCAACUGGAUCCGUAACAUCAUGAGGCCAAUAACCCUGCAUCUUCAGCUGCUAAUGGAAGUCGUUCCUGCUGAAAAGACUGAGUAAUAGAUAUCAAGUUAGAGGGGAAACAAACAUGGACUUGUUGGAGGAUUCUUAAAGGGAACAUGGCUCCGGUCAUUUUUGUAUCUUUUUAUGUAUGUACAAUUGCUACAGUUAGGCCAUCUGUUGUCUUUAAAUACAAUAUCAGAAGUCAUGUGUACCAUUAUUUCUUUAUCUAACUUAAAAUUGUGCUAUUGUAUGCAAGUUCAUUGUACAGAAUAUACACUUUUUCCAGUUUCAUUAAACUUGAAUUAUUAAAAAUAAACGUUUAUGAAUUUUCCUAUAUAAAAAGAUUGUGUCUCCAUGUUACACAGAUUUUUUCCACUAGAGUUGUUUGUGAUCCUAAAAUCCCUAAAGUCACGGGUUCCCAUAAAAUGCGUUGUACUGUACUUUGAGACUUUUAUAUUUUUUGUUGUAAAUCAUAAAUGAUAUGAAUUCAAACAUCAAACUUAUAUUUGGAAGUUGUUAAACGACUGACUCUUUGUAAUGUCUCUUUAAAUGGUUAUGAGUUACAGCACACCCCAACCCCCUUCCGUCCGGCAUGUCAACACAACACACGUGUACAGUCGUGGCCAAAUAUAAAUUUUCUGCUAAAAAGUCUGCUGCCUCACUUUUUAUGAAGGCGAAUUGCAUAUACUCCAGAAUGUGAGUAUAUGUUAUGAAGAGUGAUCGGAUGGAUACAAUUUUAUUGUGAAGUACCUCUUUGCCAUGAAAAUGAACUUAGUCCAAAAAAAAAAAUGUACAUUACAUUUCAACCCUGCCUCAAAAAGACCAGCUGACAUCAUGUCAGUGAUUCUCUGGUUAACACAGGUGAGAGUUUUGACGAUGACAAGCCUGGAGAUCACGCUGUAAUGCUGAUUGAAUUAGAAUUACUAACUGGAAGCUUUAAAAGGAACGUUGGUGCUGGAAAUCAUUGUUCUUCCUCUGUUAACCAUGGUUACCUACAAGGAAACACGUGCAGUCAUCAGUGCGUUGCACAAAAAGGGAUGCACAUGCAAGGCUAUUGCUGCCGGUUGCACCGUCAAAAACUUCAAGGAGAGAGGUUCAAUUGUUGUGUAGAAGGCUUCAGGGCUCCCAAAAAAUCCAACAAGCGCCAGGAUUGUCUUCUACAGUUAAUUCAGCUGCGAGAUCGGGUCACCACCAGUGCAGAGCUUGCUCAGGAAUGGCAGCAGGCAGGUGUGCAGGGGAAGAGUUUUUGAAGAUGGCCUGGUUUCAAGAAGAGCAGCAAAGAAGCCACUUCUCUCUAGGAAAAACAUCAGGGAGAGACUGAUAUUCUGCAAAAGGUACAUGGAUUGAAUUGCUGAGGACUGCUAAAGUCAUUUUCUAUGAAUAAUCCCCGUUUCUGAUUGUUUGGGGCAUCCGGAAAAACGAUUGUUCGUAGAAGAAAAGGUGAACGCUACAAUCAGUCCUGUGUCAAGCCAACAGUAAAGCAUCCUGAGACCAUUCAUGUGUGGGGUUGCCAAGGUAAUGGGCUUACUCACAAUUUUGCCUAAAAACACAGCCAUGAACAAAGAAUGGUACAAGAACAUCCUCAGAAAGCAACUUCUCCCAACCCUCCAAGAACAUCAAAACAUCCACAUUUUGGGUCCAUGGCCAGGAAACUCCCCAGACCAUAAUCCCAUUGAGAAUGUGGUGAAUCCUCAAGCAAAACAAAAACCUACAAUUUAUGGCAAACUCCAAGCAUUGAUUAUGCAGGAAUGGGCUGCCAUCAGUGAGGAUGUGGCCCAGAUGUUGAUUGACAGAAUGCCUGGACGAAUUGCAGAGGUCUUGAAAAAGAAGGGUCAACACUGCACAUAUUGAGUCUUUGCGUAAACUUAAGGUAAUUCUUAAUAAAAGCCAUUGACACUUAUGAAAUGCCUGUAAUUAUACUUCAGUGUACCAUAGUAACAUGUGACAAAAACAUAUAAAAUUCACUGAAGCAGUAGACUUGGUGAAAAUUUAUAUUUGUUUCAUCCUCGAAACUUUUGGCCACGACUGUAAUAAUGCCAUGGCAAUGGUUUAGCUAAAUGAUUUUUCCUGAACUCCUUUGCGGUUAGUUUCGUUUUAAAGGUUCCAAAUCAUUCGUCCAGAGACUAAAAAAUCUGUCACAGCAAACAGUGGGUCCAAAUGUGGGUGUAUGCUUGCCAUUAAAAUCCACAGAAUAUGCACCUGCAGAUCUAAACGGAAUUAUGUUGAUUUUAGCGCUCGUCGUUGACAAGUUAUAAUGUUACACACACCACGU